GGUAGUGUUCGGUUUCGGAUGGUUCCUCAGAUCUCUGCUCUCAUUGGUGGAAGCAGUGCUACGUGGACAUCAGACAGAAACAGGUAGCCGCGUGUGUGACCGUUAUCGCUUCAGUUCGUUAAAGAAAACGGUCACCGUGGCUUCCAGCUCCGUCCUGAGACAAACAGUGUCUUAUUAGUGCUCUUCAUUAAGUUCAUGUCAUUGGCUGUCACUGACUUUCGCAGCAGUUGUAUACAAUUCCACUUCACGGGCCUGCACGGUGGUGUGGGUGAUUUAAGCAUGAAGUCUAAAGGAAAGUGCUCAAAGAGGAGUAAGCACUCAUGGGCUGAGCAGGAGCAUGCUGACCUGCAGCUGGACGUAGAGCCUGGCUCAAGUGAACAGGAGGGAUCUGAGGCCUCUCUGCCGCUGGGGGCAUCAUGGCGGGCAUCGGGCAUUGAAGGCCGUGCUAGAACGAGAAUGGGCACACGCCGUAGACGAAGCCAACACAGCAGCGCCAAGGAGCGUAACACACGUAGGCUGGAGAGCAAUGAGAGAGAGCGGCAGAGGAUGCACAAACUGAACAAUGCUUUUCAGGCACUACGGGAGGCCAUCCCACAUGUUCGAAUGGACAAAAAGCUCUCCAAGAUUGAGACUCUGACAUUGGCCAAGAACUACAUCAAAGCCUUGACUACCAUAAUCCUGGGCAUGUCCGGUGCCUGCCUGCCUCACGUUGAUGCCCAGGAGCACUCUGAGGAUGAGAGCCACAAGGAUCUUUCCAAGUACCUGGACCACAUCCGCAGCUUAAGCCACAGCAGCUAACACCAGCUCUGGCCACAGUUGUAUCCAGAUCACUGGAACACGUUAAUGAGACUGCACAGUUCACUGUGAAAGUGACAUAGUGUCUGAAGUGUUGGGGUCUAAGAUGGACUUACAGAAGACACAAAAUCCAACUUUGGUUUGAAAGAUUAUUUUUUGUUACAGUCUUCAAUGCAAAACCUCAUCCAUUCCCACUGUGCCAUAAUGAGUGAGAUAUUCCUGAGAAAUAACAUCAUUCACAGACUAAUUGGGGGGAAAAAAGGAAAACAACUGCAGAUUAGAGACUAUGUAAUGACACAUAGUGAACUCUAGCCUUUGUCUACAGUGAUCGACAUCUUGAGACAGUAAUGAAGAAAACUUUGAGU